AUGGUUGUUGCUUCAAAUGGAAGUGUGAAUUCAUCAACUUCCUUGUUUCAUGUUGGAGUUAUUCUCGACUUGACAUCUACAAUGGGGGAGAUUUCUGAGAGCUGCAUCUCUAUGGCUCUAUCUGAUUUUUAUGAAAUUCAUGCAAAUUAUACAACAAGAGUUGUGCUCCACACCAUGGAUUCUGAAAAUAAUGUUGUGGUUUCAGCAUCUUCAGCUUUAUACUUGAUGAAAGAUGUGAAGGUGCAAGCUAUCACUGGGCCACAAGAAUCAACUCAAGCUUCGUUUGUGAUCGAACUUGGAGAAAAAGCUCGAGUGCCAAUUGUCUCCUUCUCUGCCACAAGUCCUUCCCUUUCUCCCCUUAAAAAUCCUUAUUUUAUAAGAACAGCUAUUGAUGACUCAACUCAAGUUAAAGCUAUUGUUGACAUUAUUCAAUCCUUAGAAUGGAAGGAAGUGGUUUUAAUAUAUGAAGAUACUGACUAUGGAAAUGCAGUUUUACCUUAUUUCUUUGAUGCCUUCCAAGAGAUUGAUGUUCGAGUCCCAUAUAAGAGUAGCAUUCCUUUGGAUGCCAAUGAUGAUCAAAUAUUAGAAGAACUUCAUAAAUUGAAAACCAUGCCAACUAGGGUUUUCAUUGUCCACAUGUCUUCUUCUAUUGGAUCUAGGCUUUUUAUUAAUGCAGACAAUGCAGGAAUGAUGAGCCAAGGUUAUGUUUGGAUUGUCACUGAUGGGUUAUCAAGUUUAAUGUCUCCCAUGAAUUCCAGUGCUAUUGAAUCAAUGGAAGGAGUAUUGGGUGUAAGACCAUACAUACCAAAGUCCAAAAAGCUUGAAGAAUUUAAGGUCAAAUGGAAAAGAAGCUUCUACUCAAAUAAGACAAUUGGUGAAAUAUCUGAGCCAAGUCUCUAUGGGAUAUGGGCAUAUGAUACAGCUUGGGCACUAGCUAUGGCAGUUGAGCAAGUUGGAAUCUUGGAUCCUCAGUUCCUGAGUAGUAACACCACUAACAAUUUAACUGAUCUUUCAAGUCUAGGAUACUCAUCAAUUGGUCCACAACUUCUCCAGACUAUUUUGAGCACUAGAUUUAAAGGUCUAAGUGGUGAUUUCCAUUUGGUUAAAGGACAGUUGGAAUCUUUUGCUUUUCAAAUAUUCAAUGUGAUUGGGGCAGGAGAGAGGGUGAUUGGAUACUGGACCCCAAUGGGAGGCAUUUCAAGGCAGUUAAACACAAAAAAGCUCAAAAAUUCAAGUUCUAUGAGUAGCCUCAAAACAAUUGUAUGGCCAGGAGACUCAACAACCAAACCAAAAGGUUGGGCUAUACCACCAUAUGGUAAAGAGAAGUUAAAAGUUUUGGUCCCAGCGAAGACUGGUUUUAGUCAAUUUGUGAGCAUGGAAAGAGACCCACCUCUCACUCAUAAGGCAGUUAAUAUCACAGGGUUCUGCAUAGAAGUAUUCCGUAAUAUAACAAAUAUAUUACCUUUUGGUCUCCCAUAUGAAUUUCAAUUUUACCCACUAGAUGGAGAAAAUCUUCGGAGCUAUGAUGAGCUUAUUGAUCAAGUUUACCUUAAGAACUUCGGUGCAGCAGUUGGGGAUAUAUCGAUUUUGGAAAAUCGGUCUAAGUAUGUAGAUUUCACAUUACCUUAUACAGAUUCUGGGGUGACAAUGGUGGUGGCAGUGAAAGAUAAUGUAAAUAAAGAGCUCUUUUCAUUCUUGCAACCUUUAAGCUUUGGUCUUUGGAUGGUGACUCUAUUAGGUUUCAUCUGCAUAGGGCUCGUGGUGUGGAUUCUUGAGCAUCAGAGGAAUCCCGAGCUUGGUUCCUCACCUGGACAACAAUUACAAACAAGCAUGUGGUUCUCCUUCUUAACGCUCGUAUUUUCCCAACGAGAGAAGAUAGAGGGGAUCUCAACAAGGGUUGUAUUGUUCGCAUGGAUGUUCUUCGUGCUAAUCCUAACACAGAGUUACACUGCUAACCUUUCAUCUAUUUUGACAACACAGCAGUUGCAACCCACAAUUACAGAUGUUGAAGUCUUAAAGAGUAAUGAAUAUAAUGUUGGAUACCAAGCUGGAUCGUUCGUGGAAGGGUUCCUGCUAAACUACUUGCACUUUGACAAGUCCAAGCUCAAGGGUUAUGGAAGUCCAGAGGAAUAUCAUUCUGCUUUAUCUAAUGGAUCAGAUAAUGGAGGUGUUGCUGCCAUUUUUGAUGAAAUCCCUUAUAUUCAAGUCUUUCUCAAUAUGUAUUGCAAUCAAUACACCACCGUCGGACGUGUUUACUCAUCUGAAGGAUUUGGCUUUGUCUUUCCUAAAGGCUCUCCUUUAAUCUCUUACAUGUCAAUGGCAAUCUUAAAUCUUACUGAUAAUGGGAAAUUGGACAAAAUUAAGAAAGGAUGGUUACAAAAUCAAACAAAUUGCAAGAGAUCUCUAUCAAUAUCAACCAACCAGCUCACCUUGAAGAGCUUCGGAGGUCUCCUCUCCAUGAUAUUAGGUUUUAUAAUCCUUUCACUAGUAGGUCAUGGCCUCCAGGUUGCGUACGGCACCAACUGGCAGCAGGCACUUUGGCAUAAAAUCACUUAUAGCAUAGAAGCUCUCAAGGGCAUGCCCCCUGUAACUGAAGUUGAAUCCAUGGAACUUACACCUAGGGGAGCUGAGCAUAGGGAUGAAGCCAUUGUUGAAGUAGGCAAAGGGGUAACAAGCAAUCAGGACUCUCAA